AUGAAAUAAAAAAUAUUUGAAAUACUUUUAUCGGAACUCUUGUUAAUUGCAGUUGUAACUGGUUUGGUAAAUUGUAUGUUAUAUUUAAGAGAUUAAGUAGUAAUCAAACAAUAAUAGUGCUCACUUGUUUGAAUGUAUUCUUGACUAUAGUAAUUGGGUUUGUCAGAAUCUACAAUCUUUUAUUAAAUAGAGAAAUAAAGAGAUGUUUUACUUUUUUAUUGUCAUUUCGUUUGAUUCUGAUUGUGUUCCAAUAUUCAGUAUCAAACACUUAGUUAUAUUUGAUUCUGAUCAACCAUUUAGAAAUGAAGUAUGAAAUCAAGAUAGCACUUCUUGUUAAUUAUGGUUUAUUAAGUAUUUUGCACGAUGUUUAGAAUUUAAUUCAAGCACCUGAAAACGUGAUCUAUUAUCUAUAUUGGUUCCUUGUAUUUUUGCAAAUGAAAAUUAAGUUUUAUUAAACUAAGGAACCAAAACAAUUAUCGUUAUCAAAAUCCUUUAAGCAGAUUCCUGAUGCUCCUCCGACAUUUUAAGCCAAAUCGCAAGAGAUUAUUAAAUAAUUGGAUGAACAAUCUAAAGCAUUUUCCUCAUCAGAAAUAAAGCCAUUAUAGUUGAAUAGUAAUAAUUUGAAUGAGGAUGACAUUAUCAUGACAAAUAUGUACUAAUGAGUACAAAAAAAAUAAAAGGUCGUGGCUUUCAAAUUAAUCAGUGUUGAUCUAUAAUGGAAAUCUAAGUAUCAUCUACCAAACGUUUUAUUUGGGCAAACUACAAAGGAAUAUAGGAGAUAAGCUCGAUUGUGAAUUACUGUUCUUAGAUUCCACUAUUAUCAUUGGUUGCAAAGAAAUAAAUGAAUUAUUAGGAUAAUCUGGGUACAGUGACUCUAUUUUCAGUGAGUAAAAUGUUUUACUUAAAAUUAGUGGGUCGUUUCUAUGUAACAAUAUUAACGAAGUUCACAAAUGUAAGAUAAAAGGCUAAUUUACAAUCAGAGAAUUAAUUUCAUGUUUAUUUAAAGAUUUUGAAAAGUAAUUCUAUUUCUGUGAGAUAGAUGGAGAUUCUUCACUCUUACAAUUUUUAAAGUGAAGAAUGACUUUUUAGAUUUAGAUGGCAUUCAAAUCAAACUCUUUAUAACUAAUAUUGAUGGGCAUAAGUUUGUCCUUUUCAAUCUUGAAUAGGCUCCUGUCUUACCUAAAAUCUAUAAUUAAGAACCAAACUAAAUUCUAUAGAACAUUUAUACAAUAUAUUCACAUGAAUGUAUUAAUUAUGUCAAUUGUAUUUUGACAUACAUUUUAUUGCUUACUCAUCACAAUGAUUCAUAAAUGAGUGAAGGCAGCAGUAAAACAACGACGGUAAAUCAUUCUUUCUAAUAAUUAGUCCUUAAAUCGUAAAGCAAAAGAAGAAUAUACUACUAAUACAUUAUUAAAUAUGAGAUACCAAACAUAAAGAUUUACACUUUUUCUAUACUCUAUGAGGGAUUAUAUAUUCUAUUUCUAAAAUGAAUUAUUCUUUAAAAUGAAUGCGAUUCGAAUUGAAGAUUUAAUAGAUGAUUUGCUUUAGACAUUUGAUCCUUUAUUAAAAAUGAAGUAAAUCAAAUUAACUACAAAUAUAGAGUUGUAGGAUGGAAACACUAUUAUUUUUAGUGAUCAAGAUAGAGUAAUUGUUAUUAAAUAAUUCAUUAGAUUAAACAAAUCAUUUCAUGCCUAUUGCAUUAUUGUUUGUAAUCUUCUUCAAGGAGUUCUAUUAAAUUUGAUAUCAAAAGUUAUACAUUAUAAGGAAUCAUGAUCACUAUUAAAGAUACCAAAUCUGAUUUCGAUGAAAUUGCUAAGUAAAAAAUCAUGAAUCUAACGAAAUAACUAAAUCAGUAAUUAAAGAGUUAAAAAUCUGUAAAUGAAUUAGAUUUAUCAAACCCCUUAGAGUUAUAAAUGUGUAUAGUACUUUGUUGGUAAUUAUCUGGGUCAUUUAAAAGAGGAUUAGAAUUUCUUAUUGAUAGCUAAGGGUUUUGUACAUUUACUUUUGUUAUUGAAUCUCAGAAUACUUAAAUGAGAUAUCCAAACUCAGACACUGGACCUAUUAAGGUACUUGGUAAAAAAAAAUACUUAGAAACCUCAUUGUCACUUCUUUUAUAAGACAAUAUCAAUUAAGGUGGAGGAGGUGAAUCAAAACUUUUAUCAUUUACUUAAUUAUCAAAAUAAUUUUCAAUAAAACCAACAGAUCCUAUAGAUUUACAAAGUGCCUAUUUUUCUCAACUCUCAAAAAUAAGACAAGAUACCUCAAAUUCGAGAGUACUUCCAAAUAGUGGAACAAUACAUAAAUAAUCUCGAGAACAAAGUGGGAGUUUUUCUGGAACUUACAAAUAAGGAAUUCAAUAAGAUAGUAUAUAAUAGAUUACAAAAUUGUUAAAUAAAAACAAUCUAAGUGUUGUAGGAAAAAUAGAUUCUCCUGAUGAGUCUCAAAGAACAUUUACUGCAAUUGAUUUUGGUGCAGCUGAAUAAACUAUUAAUUAAAUAUCACUCCCUGAAUUUAAUCCAAAAUUACUCACUUAAGUUAUUAAAUAUCGACUUCGGAAUAAUUGCUGUUCCAAAGUAUUGAUACUUGAUAAUGACUGCUUUUAGAUUAUAGUUUUAGAAUAAGUACUUAAGAAAUACGAUAUAAAAUGUGAUUAUGGAUUUACUGGUUCAGAAGGAUUAGACAUUAUCGAAAUAAAAAGAGGUCGUCCUUGUCAUUGUGGAAAUCGCUAUUACUUACUGUACUUUAUCGACAUAAACCUACCUGUAAUUAUUUUGACAAAUAUUUAGGGAAUGAGUGGGAUUGACUUUGUCUAGCGUAUUAAAUAGAAUAUGUAAUAAGGAAAUUUAGACAAAGGCUUUGCCAUAGCCACAGCUACUGUUGCAGGAUUAAAUUAAAAAUUAGAUUGCUUUCGAAAUGGAAUGGAUUACUUUAUUGCUAAGCCAUUUGAUUUGAUAGAGAUAAGUGCUGCUGUCCAAUACCUUGAUUUUUGAAUUAGUUUGUUUGAUA